UACACCUUGUCUCUCCCCAGAUGUCGGAGCAGGAGGCAGCGAAGGAAGUGAAGGAAGAAGUAAAGGAGAAAAAGGAAAGCGAGGAGAAAGAAGAGAAGAAGGAGAAAGAGAAGGAGAAGGAGGAAAACAGCAGAGCCUCGACGGGAACCAGCACACCUGAACCCACCGCCCAGGAGAAUGGAGAUGAGACGCCGGGCACACCCAAGGCUCUCACUCUUCGGGAGCAGUUCAGGAAUUUCAGCAAGUUUGGAGACACCAAGAGUGAUGGGAAAAUGAUCACUCUCUCACAAGCAGACAAGUGGUUCAAACAAGCAAAGGUGAUUGAUGGUAAAACUAUCACCACUACCGACACAGCCAUCACUUUCAACAGGUUCAAGACAAAGAAGAUUGCAUUCCCAGAUUUUGAGAAGUACUUGGAUGAAAUUGCCAAAUCCAAAAAAUUAGAGGCAAAAGAUAUCAAGACAAAAUUGAAGGAAUGUGGAGCACCAGGAACUUCAGGCACUACGAAUGUGGUCAAGAGCAGUGCUGUUGAUCGCCUCACUGAUACCAAGAAGUUCACUGGCUCUCACAAGCUGCGAUUUGACUCAGCCGGCCGGGGUAAGGGUAUAUCUGGCCGCAAGGAUACUCCUGAUACUUCUGGUUAUGUGGCUGGCUACAAAAAUAAAAACACCUAUGACAAGAGCCAUUAGAAAAUUUAUGAUAACUGUGUCAAAACUUAAUGAGAAAGACUCCUAAAUAUCUUAUGACCAGAAAUCAUAAAAGCCCUCAACAAGAUUCAUUUAUAUCUGUAAUGUUACACCAGCCACCGGUUGUCUCUAAUUACUAGUUGUCAUUUAUAUAUUUUGCAACAUACUGUAACUCUUGAUACGAUGUAAACACACACGAGUUUUUUUUUUUUUAUAUAUAUUACUGAAUGUACCCUAUGUGCAUCCUGCCUUGUAUGCUCCAUACAAUGUUUUGGGCUACAAGACUGCGUAGUGGCUGUAGCCUCAAUAAAUUCUUGCAUAUUUAAAAGCUAAUUGGUAAUACUGUGUUACAUUGUAAGUGGAAUAAUUUCCAGAAGCAAUUAUACUUGCUGUAAAUUAUUAACUUACAUAACUUAAAGUUUUUCAGCAUUUCAAAUUACAGUAGAACAUUGAUUAACACAGUUACAUUCCUGAAAAUAGCAUGUAAAUAAAAAAUUGUGUACAAUGAACUUGAGAAUUUGUAGGAAAAAUAGCUGGAGGAUGUGAAGCAUUAUAUAUAAUACAAUACUUUUAGCUACAAAGAUUACAUAUCUAAUAUUUCUUACCUUAAAUUCUGGUUGCUGGUGUAUGUUGUUGAUUUUGAAAGGAGUGAAGAGGGAUGGUGUGGCUGUACUGGGCUGUGAUCAUUGACUAGGAUUGUUGCACUGAUAUCAAUGCAGUGUUUUCAUUAAGUGAUGGUUGUAUUGGAGUACUGAGGUAUUGUUUAAUGCAUCUUUGGUCUUUUUACCCUGCAGUACUUUAUGUACCUGACAGUAAGACAUCGUUAGCUGCUCCAGACCCCCACUUUAGAACAGUGCUUCUCGAUGUGUUCAGGUCUUGUUCAGUGAAAGUCUACUAAUUUAGUAACAACAUGGAACUACUUGUGUAACUGCUACAAUGUUAACUGUUUUUCUGUGGGUUCUUCAUUUUUUAUCUGCCUCCUUUAUAUCUGGGCAUUGAACUUUGCCAAAAUUUCUUCUGGACUUUUCUUUCUCAUCAUCUAAAAACUCAUUCACAUCCUCUUCCUCCUUAUCUUCAGAGCCCUCACCCGGCAAUCUCCUUGCCAGCUAAACAAUUUCCUGGACCUUGCUCUCAGCUGAGAAAAAGCCUGUGAAAUUGUUCUCCACAUUUGGCCAUAAUUUUCCCCAUUCUGCAUUUAAUGUUGAUUUGGGGACUUCAUUCCAUGCACUUAUGAUGUAAUUGAUGACAUCUGCAAAGUUGAAUUUACACCAGAAGUCUGGAACUCCAAGCUCUGAGUCAUCAUCCAUUGCUUCAGUGAGUUUCAGCAUCACUUUUUGUGUAUAGUCCUCAAUCCAGUGGUUGUAUUAAAGAUGUUGCAUUUGGUGGUAAAAACUUUUACAUGUGGAUGCAGCUCUUCCAAGAGUUUUGGAUAAGUACGGGAAUCAAGAAUGAAGAAAACUUUGAAUGCAAGAUUCUUGCUGCACAAGUAAAAAAUGACUUCUGGAACAAAAUGAUGCUUAAAACCAUCAAUAAAGUUUGACCUCCAAAUAACUGGCAAUGCAGCUUUGUCUAAACAUUUCAAAACACCAAGAGUCUUGGGGCUGUAAAUAAGCAUGGGCUUACACUUAAAACCUCUUGAUGCACAUUACCACUGCAUUCUCCUCUUGCUGGAUGACGUAAGUUCUCGAAGUAUCAGCAUUAAACACUUCUUGUGGCUCACAGCCACCCUCAGAUUUCUUCUGGUUCAGUAGGGAAAUUUCUUGCAGCCAUGUGAUCAGUAGAAACACCAGAAAAUGUAAUAUUUUGCAACUAAUUGUGCAAUUUGAUUAUGGAGAACCAGCUGGUACUAGAGCACUCUGGUUAAGGACUUCCUUCAUCACACAUUUUUAUGGUACUCUAAUGCUUUUUUCCUUUAUCUUUAUGAUGGCUUAGCGCUUCUUUUUGAUAAUAAUAAUUUAUCUUGAUGAAAAGUGAUGUACUAUUCUUGGAUUUCUGUUCAAUCCACUUUCAAUAAUUUCUCCAUCUUUUUCAGUUGUGUUAUUACAAUCAAAACUAAGCGCUAAACCCACCAGGGUCAUACAGCACUGCAGAAUUGGAUGUGCUAAUGAUGAAAUAUGAGAUCAGAGACUAGUGAGGGUUAGGAUUAUGCAAGAGGCAGAGUUAGUUAGGGUAAUCAGUGUAAUAAAUCAAGCAGUUGCUGAUAAAAUGUUAAAAAAGGAGUCUAUGUCAAAGGUGGGGCUUUCAGAUGCUGUGACCUAUGCACCAUUUGUUUCAGAAAGUCACAACCUGGGUUAUUUACUGGACAAGCUAAGGAUCUUCAACUUAUUCUUUUUAAUUGUGGAAAUUGAUGCCGUGUUCAGACCAUAGGCUUGCGCUGUCUCCAUCAUAUACACCACUUUGAAGCUUAUUUAAGAUAUUGAUUUUCUUCAAAACCCCAAGACUUACGCUUUUAUGGUUCUUUGCACUUCCAGCAUCACUCAUUUCUCUUGGGUGCCAUGUUACUAUCCAGAGAUGGAAUGAGAUAAGGAAAAGAUCAAAAAUUAAUUCACUAACACAGGCUGAGUAUAGUAUGAGACAUGUAUACAGGAACAACUGAUGUGUGCAUUGUGACUAAGCCUCUCCCUGUAGGCUUGCUGCAAGACAGAGGGGUAGAGAUCCCACAGCAUGCCAUAUUUUCUACUAAAUUUACUGCGCUAAAUGAUACAUAUGGAUGCUCAAUGAGAUAAAAAAAAAAAUGGGUGGGGGGGGGGUGUUAAUAAAUCACGUGUUAAUUGAUGGUCUACUGCACAUUAUAUUUUACUUAUACCUAAAAAUACAAUUUUGUUUGGUACUGGGUUAAUUUCAGUAUAUCAGAUAUAUGCUGUUUACAUUUCAGAUCUGUAGCACAUCAUGACUUGUUAACAAACAAAGAAUAUUCUGUAUAUUUUUCAGUCUCAGGAGAAAUUAACAGUAACGCAUUUCUGAAUACAGUACAGUACUGUACUUUUAUUAUUAUACCGGGUAUCAGGGUGUGACGGGUACAAAAUCUCCAUAUAUGUUAUGUUUAGCUCUAAAUUAGGUAAGUGUUAAAAGUCUUUAAUAUCUUGAGGCUGCUUUAGAGCAAGGGUAAUACUGUAAUAAGCUCCAUGUGUCACCGAGCUGCAGAAUAGUGACAUAUUAGCUCCAGUUGGUAUUGUGAGUGUGCACUAAUAAUUUCACUCUUAAGAUGAUGAGUGUGCUCUGACUAGUAGUUGUUUGGAAUUUCAAAUAAAAAUUUUCAUUUCAAGGUGCCUAAAUGUAAUUUUUCCAUGAAGAUUUUCAUAAGCAUUAGUUUAGUUUGUGGAUAUGCUGUUAUUUCAUAGGACAUACUGUACUUAAUGCUGUUAAACUAGCAUGUUGUACCAAAUAUUGUAUCUAACAGUAUCUGGCAAUGCAGUAUAGUCAUUCAAAAUUCCACAUAGUACUCCACAUAAUAUGUGGAGUACUAUGUUCACAUCUUUCCCACACACAUGAAAGAAAAUCUUAGCUUUAAUACUGUAAAGGAAAUUCUUAUUCUCUCCUUUAUCAACCCACAAGCUUAUGUGUAUGUGUACAUGUGUGGAUACUGCAUUGUUAUUUGGAGACUGUUAUUAAAAAGUGAGAAGUGUCAGGUAAUCCAAAUUUUUGGACUAUUUAAGAUUCUAGUGUUAUAGUUCUAUUAUUCAUUUAAGUGUAUUACUUAAAAGAACUUGAAAGUUAACACAAUUUCACUAAAUAUUUUUUCUGCCUUUGUCACAUUUAUGUUUGAGAACUAUUUAAAGAAUGUUUUACUUCAGCAAUUCCUGUAUACAUGACACCACAUUAUACUUGUCAGAAAAUAUCAGUACUGUAAUUCAGUAAUGUAUUCAAUGAGAAGUGACUGAUACCUACUUGUAAGACACUUUUCACAACCUGAUGCUUCAUUUCCACUUUACAAGCUACUCAUGUCAGAUACUGACCACCACAAACUAAAGUACAAGAACACCUACUAGUUACCCAUCCCUUGACAUAGCACUGGGUCAGACAUGUCAACCACUUGUGAACAUCGUAUUUUACCUUAGAAGCCACAAUGCUUUAGCAUCACACCUGAGUUUUAAUUUACUGUAUAACUUUUCUUUUUAUGAAAUGCUUUUCUUGUAUUAGGCUGUUGAACAUUUUAGGUUACAGGAGAAUUUCGGCAUGGUGAACUGACAGUUAUGUAUCCCAAAUUUACAAGGCCAUAUAGAUUGUAAAAUAUAGCCUGCUGAAGCUAAUAUAUGACACCUGCGAAUGGGUAACUUGCCCAUUGUUAUGAUGACUAACAGCCUUUGCUGCAUUUUACUUAAUUUAAAUGGUCUUAUUUAGAUUCCAUGGCAUGUGCCAUGUACAUCAAGACAAGUUAAUAGAGGAAAAAACUGCUUACUUUAUUAGAUAAAAGUGAGCAUUCACUAUUUAUUGGAUGAACUGAUAACACUGACAUUCAAAGAGAAAAAUAAUUUACACACAUGAAAAUAUUUGUUUAGGAUAAAUAGCAGACCAGAACAUAUAUACAAUAUUAUAGGAGAAUGCUAUAUUAGUCUAACAAUGGCACAAAUAAGUCUGACAGCCACAGCUGGGAUAGCCUCACACACCAUUAUUACACUAUUCCGGCAUGUUCUCAACCUCUGGCUCUAUUUCAGCAUCCCGUGUUCUCCUGUUGUAGUUUACUAGACGUGUUAUGGCUUUAAUUUACAAUGAAUAGCAAACCACACAGAUUGUGAUAUAUAUUUGAUCUCAUGACUUUUGCUGCAUUUGACAUUAAAGUUCUAAUAUAAUAUGUAGAUGUAUGUCAUCUAUUGAGCCCAGUGUUGGUCAGCUAUAGUGUGGUAGCUUUUGAUUUCCCAGGGCAGAGGGUUGUCAAAAUAUUUUUACUUGCUGUGCUAAUUACAGUAUUGAGUGUGGUAGAGAUGUAGGUUGGCGUGAUCACCACCACAACCAUUAUGUAUGAUAUUUUUGCACUUGGUAAUCACUGCCAGCUGUUGUCACUCAAGUCCUUUGUUUAUUCAUGUAAUAUUUUUCAUUUUAAACGAGUUUAAAAUUCUGAUUACAUGAAUAUAUGAAUGUAGCUAACAACGGACAUAUAAUAAAAAAUUUAAUCCUG